AUGAAAGUUAGACAAGAUUUGGCGAAAUCAAAUGGAAAGCUAUCUUCGAAAGUUGACCAUACAGAAGCAUUCAAGGUAGCUUUUUUCAGUCUAGGUGUUCUUUAUGCAGGGAGUAUAAUGACCAUGCAAUUUCUUAUAAGAGAAUAUGCUCAUUUCUGGCCAAGAAAAGUUGCAAAUGACAUUCAUUUUUCCAAAUCACAAAUUCCGAGCCUUCUUCAACUAUUCUCCCUCACAAAAGAUUUUCCUCAAGGUGAAGACAUGAUAGACAUGAUUAAUCAAUGUGAGUUUAAACCUACUAAAGGGGAUACCGAGGCUUGUCCUACUUCUUUAGAGUCCAUGCUUGAAUUUGAUAUUUAUUCUCCUAAAUGGGUAGCAUGUCACCCUAGGCCUUACCCAUACACUCUUUACUAUUGCCACUACAUUUACAUAGGGAGUAAGAUAUUUAAAGUUCUUCUGAAUGGUGAAUAUGGAGAUAUAAUGGAUGCUUUGGGAAUUUACCACCUAGAGACAUCUGACAUGAAUCCUAACCAUUUUAUAUUUGAACUACUUGGAAUGAAGUAUGGGGAAGCUCAAUUGUCCCAUUUCUUCCCUUUUAAGCCUAUCUUAUGGGUGCCACGCCCACCACAUGCCACCGAAUGA